AUGAACCAGCUAAGUGACAGCUAUGCUUUGUACAAUCAACCGAUAGUGAUCGACAAUGGUUCGGGAAUCAUAAAAGCAGGAUUUAGCGGUGAGGAAAGGCCCAAAGCUCUGGAAUAUUCUCUCGUGGGACAUACAAAGUAUGAUAAAGUUAUGCUCGAGGGCCUUCAAGGAGAUACAUUUGUUGGAAACAAUGCGCAAAGACUGCGUGGUUUACUUAAAUUACGAUAUCCCAUAAAGCACGGCGUGGUGGAAGAUUGGGAUUCUAUGGAACUUAUAUGGUCAUACGUGUUAAAUGACGUUCUACAGUUGCAAAAUAUAGAAGAACAUCCUUUAUUAAUUACAGAAGCCCCUAUGAACCCUUUGAAAAAUAGAGAAGCGAUGGCUCAAGUAUUGUUCGAGACCUUUAACGUAUCGGCUUUGUAUGUUUCGAACCCUGCAGUUUUGUCGCUGUAUGCGAGUGGGAGGACUACAGGUUGUGUGAUUGAUUGUGGUGAAGGAUAUUGUAGCACUGUUCCCAUAUAUGAUGGUUUUGUAUUACCUGCGUCUAUGAUGAGGAUGGAUAUUGGGGGAGCAGAUAUCACUGAGCAGCUACAAUUCCAACUACGAAAAUCAGCUGGUGUUUCGUUGUUUUCCAGCAGUGAACGUGAAAUUGUUCGCACGAUCAAAGAAAAGGUUUGUUACUUGGCCAAGGAUAUUAAAAAGGAGGAGGAGGAAUAUUUGCAAGGUACUCAAGAUUUAAUCUCGACAUUCAAACUGCCUGAUGGGAAGUGUAUAGAAGUCGGGAAUGAUCGAUAUCGUGCUCCAGAGAUAUUGUUUUCCCCUCAAAUAAUCGGCUUAGGGUACGAUGGGUUAUCGGAUAUGUGUAUGCAAUCUAUUUGGAAAGUCGAUCUAGAUUUAAGGAAAGCUUUACUGUCAUCGAUAAUCCUGAGUGGCGGAACUACAACUCUUAGAGGCUUUGGAGACCGAAUGUUGCAGGAUUUAGAAGCAUUGACUAGGGGAAUGUCCAAGAUUAAGAUAAUAGCACCUUCAGAAAGAAAAUAUACUACGUGGAUUGGUGGUUCUAUUUUAACAGGGUUAUCUACCUUUCAAAAGCUUUGGACUAAAAAGUCAGAUUGGCUGGAGGACAGCACCCGUGUCAAUUCAAAUCUGAUGUAG